UCUUCCUCAUACAAGCCCACAUAAGCUAAGGUAUGUCAGUUAAGUCUCUCGUUCUUCUUCUCUCCGAUGUUGAGCUCGGAGCUGCGAUGGCUUUGAGAAAUCGUCAGCUAUGGCAGCAAACGAAGAUGAUUUACAAAGUGACGAUGGAUUACUAUAGAUUCUUCAGUUCGAAACCGAAAGUAGAUUUGAGGAAGCUAAGGCCAAUGAUUCUGAAAAGGAUUGAGGAUCGGGCGAAAGAUUAUCCAGUAAAAUCCAUGGUUCCUGUUGCUGAAGGCGUCUUUAAGGCUCGAACAAUACUCUACCAUGGCGUUUCCGCAUUAAUGCAACGUUUCCCAACUUGGGCAUGCAAAUACUGUCCAGAAGUAUAUAUUGGUGAGAAUGGUCAUUUGAUACAAACUUGUCAUGGUUACCGGCGGCGUGCUAAGAAUCAGGCUCAUGAGUGGAUUAGAGGAAGCUUGAAUGAUAUUCUAGUGCCAGUAGAGGCAUUUCAUUUGCGAACUAUGUUUCAGAAUAUCAUCAAUCACCAAGAAAGAUUUGAUUAUGAUCGCAUUCCAGCAGUUGUGGAACUGUGCUUGCAGGCAGGAGCUAUUCCAAGUGAAGAAAUUGUAUGCGGAAGUAGUUUGCCCUCAAGUGUUCCUUUUCAAGCUGACUCUUUGUCUGACGAUGAUUUGAUGUUGUUGGGAAGAGAAACCUUGAAGGCAUGGGAAGCACUUAGAUCUGGAGUUCAGAGGCUAUUGUUAGUAUAUCCAGCAAAGGUCUGUGAACAUUGCUCAGAAGUUCAUAUAGGACCUUCUGGACACAAGGCUCGUCUUUGUGGUGUAUUUAAGUUUGAAAGUUGGCGAGGAAGUCACUUUUGGAAGAAGGCAGAAGUGGAUCAUUUGGUUCCUUCAAAAACAGUAUGGUACCGCCGACCCCAGGAUCCUCCAUUACUUCUGGAUGACGGGCGGAACUAUUAUGGGCAUGCUCCUGCUGUUGUUGAUCUGUGUACUAAGGCUGGAAUUAUUGCUCCUUCCAAGUACCAUUGCAUGAUGAAACUUGAAGGUCUAUCAGCCCCAUCUCUGUGAAAGGAGUGAUGGGAUCUUUUCUUGAUCUUAUCAGUGCAGUUUAACCAACAAGCAGAAGGUGAGUCUAAAUUGGGUAAUUCUUCUGAUGCCGGACUGACUUUUGUUAUUCAGGCAACCCUAAAACUUUAAUGGAUAUAGAAUGAAGAUUGGGUGGGGUUAUGUUGUGCUCAAAAUCGUCUCUAACACCAAAAUAUUUCAUGAAGGAAUAUCUUGUUGAUAUUCACAGGAGAUUUACUCGUAUUAUACUUGAGCAAUUCUCAUCAAUGGAGCAUUAUAUUUUGGUUGACUAGCCACUUAAAUCCGUCUCUGGGUUCUUGAAGAUCCAAAUAGGGAAAUAAGGAAGUACAAUGAUGCAGAAGGAAGAGAAAAUGCAGCAGAAAGUGUGAUGAUCUCAGGACUUAGUUUUUACUCGUCAUGGUCAGGAAUACCAUUGCUCAGGCAAUAUAGUUCCCAUUGCAUAGAUUAUGCAUCUUUCAGCAUUUCUAGUUAAAUAUACAUAAUCUUUUUAAGAGUGAAAGCAGUUUUUUAGUUGAUUGUCUCACAGCAACUGUUCUUAUGUUCUCAGCGGAUACUCCUAUCUACUUUAGUGGACUGAAAUUGUAGCCUAUCUAGGCUACCGAAA